AUGCUGAUCCAGACACAGAUGAGGAUAUGCAAGAUACACAACAUUCAAGGAGUUUUCAGAGUAAGAUUAGGCACCAGUGUUGUUUCUCACAGCUUCCAUCAAAUAGUAGUGACACGUUUUGACCUAUGUUGUAGAUUAUUUACAUUUAUGGAGUUGAAUUCUAAGAGUUAUGGACAAACUAAAGAGUAUGUUGUUGAUGCUAGUAAUCUUGCUUAUAGCUAUUGGAUCCAGGCUUUAUUUUCACAUGAUAUAAAGUUAUGUGAAAAAAUGAUCUCUUCUAAUGCAUUGUUAGCCAAGGAACCAUUUAUGGAUUAUAUUGAUGGGCUGUUAAAUUACACUUGGCCACUUAUUGACGCUUCUAUUCUUGUAGAAUUCUUAUUACAAGAGAAACAAUACAGUUUCAUACAACAAAUGGCGCAAUUAUUAGAUUAUAAUAAAUGGGAAGAAACAUUAAUUAUUUCAUAUAUGUUAAAUAAUGAUCCAGAUAAAGCACUUAAGAUACUUAAAAGUGAUAUUAAAAAAAAUACAGACAAUUUUCUUAAAGCUAUCACUCUUUUUGAAAAAUAUAAUUACUAUGAUCAUGCAGUAAGACUUGGGAAAUUAUGUAUAAGAAUAUGUAAACAUUCUGGGGAUAAAAACAUGAUAUCAAUGUUCCAUUCUAACAUUUUUCUUAAUAAUUUAAAAUUGAAAGAAUACAAAAGUGCAUACAAUAAUAUUUUAUGUUUAGAGGAUCAAGAUCGAAAAUUGAAUUGUUUGCAUACUUUUGUCUUAACAUUAUUAGAAAAUGAUGAAAAAGAAAAACUCUUGAGUUUUAAUUUUUAUGGUUUACAAAGUUCAGUAGAAGACAUAGUACUAAAAAAAGCACGAUCUCUGUCAAAUGUAGAUGCGGAUCCCUUUUACAUGUUUUUAUGUUCAAUUCAUGAUAAAUAUGCAAAGUACAAAAAACUAUCCAUGACAUUUUAUGAAUUAUAUUUACGAGCUGACACAUGUGUAGCCCAAGAACAAUAUUUAAGACUAUCACUCUUAUACUUAGAACUUUUAAGUCCUAAUGAUGCUUGGUUUGUAACAGUUUCAUUACCUUUUCUCUCAGAGACUGAUGAUGUUCACAGUGGAUUAAUAGAAAUUGACCAUCUUAAAAAAUUAUGUUGGUUAGCUCGAGCUCGUCAGGAAAUUGAAGAAUCUACAACCAAUAUGGACGUACAAAGCGUGACAUCUGUUUUGUUAAUGAAACAUAAGUAUAAAGAUGUGAUGCGCUUGUCUAAAAUGUGGAAUUUAUCACUUUAUCAGCCAUUAAGAGAGUUAGUAAAAACAUGUUUGUCUCUCACAGAUUCUGAAGAAUGUGAUAAAGCGUGGAUUUGGUUAGCAGACAAUGGAGUCAGUGGUGAUGGCGUUGAUAGUGGGAAAAUAGCUUGGCAUUUUUUGGAAACCUUGGUAGUUAGGUAUGAAGAAAAGGGAAGAACAUUGAUACAUUAUCAUGUAGCUGAUGAGCUACUUAGACAUAAAUCAUUUUUACCCAGUUGGAUUGUCAAAACAUUCAAAGAAAGAAAUGUUGGUGAACUAUUACAAUUAUACUUAAAUUAUGGAGAAUUGAUUAACUGUGCAGAUUUAAUAUUAGAACUUUUUGAACAAGAAAUGAGUAGUGGUGAUACUGUACAAAUAUUUGGUAACACGAUACCUAUAGAUAUCAUAGAAUGUGUGAUUGUAAAUUUAAAACAUAAUAAAUUACAGGUUGCUGAUGAGGUUCUUAAUAAAUAUAAAAUAUUUUAUAAUUCAAUUGUAGCACAAGAAAAUGCAAAGACUAUAAAAUAA